AUAUCCACACGAAUUCUCAUUAGGUAACAAUUGAUUACGUAGUACGCAUUAACACUACAAAUCGAUUGCAUGCACCAGCAUAGUCAUUCAAGCGAACCUGCCAAUGAGCCAUAUGGGUUUCGGUCAACUUGCAGCAAUAUAGGACACGAUGUUUUGUGUAGUAUGUAUCUUUACCAACACGAAGAGCCGCUCAGAGCCAAUCUCUUUUUGACUGAGCGUGUUCCUUCGUCAUUAAUGUGUCCCAAAUACGUGUGGAAGUACAAAUAAGUUGAAAUCAGCCCAUAGUCAGCUGUUUAUCUUGGUGCUUCAUCUAGUCACAUGAUUGAUGAAAUGAAAGAGACUACAGGCAGUCGGUUGUUUCAUAUAGAACGCGAAAACGAAUGCCUAAGAGCUACUGUUGUGCUACAUUGAGUUCGCUUUCUGUGACUCGCGUGUGUUCUAUUCGCACUAAGGGACCCCGCCAAUUGAUCGUCGGGCGCCUCGGGGUACCUCGCGAGUGUUGUGAAAUGCCGGAGACCGGCCAGACGCCUGGUGGUAACGUAGCCCCAGCGAAAUUGGAGCCGCAAACGUACUUGCGGGACCUUAAGCCCGGCCUAAAGAAUCUGCAUUGUGUGUUUAUUGUGCUUGAAGUCGGCAAGGCGUCGACGACAAAAGAUGGCAACGAGAUUCGAUCAUGUAAGGUGGCUGACAAGACGGGCAGUAUUAAUUUGUCGGUGUGGAACGAGGCUGGACGCCUCUUGGAACCCGGAGACAUCUGCCGUCUAACUAAAGGCUACGUGUCGUUGUUCAAAAAUUCGCUUACAUUGUACACUGGAAAGGGCGGCGACCUGCGAAAGAUUGGUGACUUUUGCCUAGUAUUUUCCGAAACGCCAAAUUUAUCUGAACCAAACCCAGAAUUCCUUCAAUAUAUGGCUAACAAACUUAAUCCGGAGUCACGUUCGAGUCCGCCCAACGGCGCGCCUCGACCGACGCAGGGACAACGGCCGCCGUUUCAAAAUUCCAGGCAACAAAAACUACCUCCGCCGCCAAAUGCCAGCUCCCAGCCGGCGGGACCCGGUGGAGUACCUACAAGAAAUACGCGACCAAACUGGCAGCUAAUGUAGAAGUAGUUGGAGUAGGCAUAUCGAAGUAGAGAUUUAGAGAUCCAAUUGUUAUUAUUACAUUUAUUAUUAGUACUACGGUUACUACUAAACUGACAAUGACAAACAGCGCGAAGAAGAAAAGAGACGAGAUAUUUCAAAAACUCAGUGACAUGGACUGGGAUGGCAGAAGCACCUUUUCGGCCAAAAAAAGUUCUCUGAGGAUACUCAUUUGUCCGCGAUGAAUCGACUCGUAACAACCGAAUUUCUACCGGAUUGAAUUUUCUUUUUUAUUUGAAAUCACUUCUUUCCACAAAGCUGUUUGCCUUUAUUUAGCUGGGUACUCUCUACGGCGCGGGGAUCAAUUAACGGAGUGUUGGGGACAACGUCCACCUAUUUCUAGCAGUGUAAUAAAGAACAGCGCAGUCGUACGCAUGCGGUGAUGCUAUGUAAAGAACGCACAUUUUCGAACAACAUACGAUAACGUGUAGCGCACUGGAAACAUGUUUCUUCAGACUCUGAUUGACCCGCAUGCGAAGUUGUGAAAUCCAACAAAGAUAUUGUUUGUACAGUAGUAAAUUAGAAACGUAUAAUAAACAUUCCCGGGUUCAUAGAUACCUACACGUAGACAAAGCCGUCUAUACGCACACUAAAGACAAAACUAAGUAAAUCAAUAGACCUACUAUAAUACAACCUAUCAAACCGUAAAGCUCUCAUAAGUUUCGACGUUUCGUAGUACUGUAUAUGGGCAUAUCUGAAACUGUGUCAUUCUGUUGAGCGCUUCCUGCGGGAUAACUUGCGUAAGAGAGGAUCGCAAACAGACAAAUAAAUAGAGGAAGAUACUUGCGGAAGGAUGUUUGUUUACGCCGACGGACUUUUUAGUUGUUUGCGUAUAUGCGGUCAGGAACGAAGUUACGUGGCCAGUAUAAUCAAUAGAGAGACGGUUCGGGGUUGUUCCCUCAGACGGGAGAAAGAUUCAAAUGUUGUAUUCAGUGUUAUGUACAUAGGAUUAAAUUAGAUUGCGUAUUGUAAAUUUAAUAAACCUAUGGAAAUAAAAAAUAAUGACAAUAAAAGACAAGUCUGUGAUCUACGUA